CCAGUGUCGCUAAGCAUCACGUUGUCAAUCUGGAGACUGCUCUGGAACAUGUCUCCGUCUCUGGACAUGGUGAUCCUGAUCCUGGCCGGGAGCUCCUCUUCAUCCAGAGGAGAGCCGUCCUUGUACCAGGUGACCACAGGGUCAGGGCUCCCAGUCCACCCACAUGAGGCAGUCGUCUCGUCUCCCUCUUCCGGAUUCUUCCUCGUGAAUGUCAGGUCUACCACU